UGAUUUUUCUAAAUAAUAUACUCCGUGAUUAUCACGUUGAGUCCACGAACCCUCGAAACGUAUAUUUUCUCAAUGUGUUAUAAAUUGUAAUCCAAAGAAUAAGUAUUGAAAAAGAAAGGGGUUCAAUUUUUCGCCAUCAAUAUGAAAAAAUAAGUAAUCGAAGUUACCAUAACAACCUUAUGAAUACAAACAAUUUGACUUUGACAAUUGAUUGAAGGCAGCCGUGAAAAUGUCCAUCAUCGUCACUCGGAUAUUCAUCGAACGGAAAGGUAGUUCAGACGUAAAAUGAUAUGACCAUAUUUCGUAGCGCAAUAGAAAAAAAUACACCAGAUAUAAAAAAGUCUUAGAACAAUGAACGUUUUCGAGCAGCCUUACUAUAAGUUACCGAGAAACUUUGGACGUUCAAUAGGUCGAUGGCCGGAUCAGUCUCGUCUACAAACUUUUCUCAUAGGAAUUUUCAUUGUUUCUGCAUUCAUUUUACAAGUCAUACCAAUAAUAAUAGCUGAUGUAGUGCAUUCCGAUGAUCAAAAAUUAAUAUUUGAAACAUUAGCCCCAGCUAUAACGGACUUUGUUUCAUUUGUCAAAUAUAUGAAUACUUUUAUAAAAAGAAAGACGCUCAAAAUUCUUCUUCAAAGGAUUAACGAUGAUUGGAACAUAGUAACAAGUUGUGAUGAAAAGUGCAUUAUGGAAAAGUAUGCAAAAAUAGGAAAUUUAAUGGCAGCUGGAUACGCAGGAUUUGUAUAUUUAUCAACGGCGAUGUACGUAACAGAGCCAGCUUUGCCUAUGAUUAUUAAUUUUUUUUUCAAAACAAACUUAUCUGCUCCGCUCAAGUUUUCCGUUCCAAUGGAAUGGGUCGUAAUAGACAAGGAAAAAUAUUACUGGAUAUUAUUGAAUUAUUCGGGUGUGUGCAUAUCGGUGAUUUUAAGUGUACUUGUUUCUUGUGACGUCAUAUUUAUUACCGUCGUGUUUCAUGCCUGUGGAUUGUUUGCAGUUGGAGGAUACCGAAUCAAAAAUCUUACGAAUGCUAAAUAUUAUAAGAAUAAUCUAGCGGAAUUAAAGUUGUCAAGAAACGCAGAUGAUGCUCAUUACGUACAUAUAGUUUCAUGUAUUAGAAUUCAUCGACGAGCUCUAGAAUAUUUCAAUUUGAUUGAAAGUACUUUUGCUGGAUGCUUCGGAGUAGCGAUAGGAUUAAAUUUGCCGAUAAUGAGCAUUACUGGGGUUCAGAUAAUAACGCAAACGAAUACGAUGCAAGAACUUAUAAAAUUGGCCUUAUUUACCGUAGGUCAAAUAAUGCAUCUUUUUUUUGAAUGUUUCUUAUCGCAACAGCUGACAGAUAUGAGCUUACAAAUCCAACAAGACAUAAUUAAUGGACAGUGGUACAGUAUUUCGAAACAAUCACAAAAAUUAUUGAUUUUGAUGACAAUGAGAAGUCAAGUGCCAUGUAUUUUAACCGCAGGAAAAAUCAUGGGAUUGUCUAUAGAAAGCUUUGGAAUGAUGAUGAAAACAUCUGGAUCAUACUUCACUGUUCUUCUAUCAAUGCGAUAAAUUUAUAUUAAUAUACUUUAUACUGUGACCAUAGAACUACGAAUUUGUUAAUGAUGAAUCAACAUGUGUACAACUCAUUAUAAAAUUCAAUAUUUUAUAAUAAUGGAUUUGAAACUUUGCAAUUUUUAUUGUUUUUUUGUACUUUUUUGAGAGCUCAUUUUUUCAAUUUUCCGCAAUGAAAAUUAAAAAUUUUCGAAAAAAGGGAAGUUUUUGGUUUUGAAGAGAAAAUUUUUUUUUCAUUCGCUUCUAUGUGCUAGCGCUUUUCCAAAAGACUCGCCUGAUACAA